CAUUUUAUAUCAUCCAACGAUACGUUCUAUAAUUAAAUUAUUUUUGUUUGUGAAUUUUGUUGGUUCUUUUGUUAUAUAAUUAGAUGCUAUCCUAUUCAUUGACACCUCAUUCAAAACUAUAGACCGUUGAAAGAAUUUCUUUUCUUUUUCCUUUUUUAUUUGAAUGUUACAAAAUCGACAUUGAGAAUUCCAACAUCCUCAUGACUGUAAUCCACGUAAUGAAACCAAAACCAAAAAAAAAAACAGCAAAACAUGUUUUGUUUCUCUCACGUUUUCCUUAAUUCAUUUGUCUCUUUGAUUCUAUGAAUGACACCCAAGAUUUUGUUUUUCUUUUUUUUAAAUAUCCAAUGCUCCAUCUCUCUCUCUCUUUCCUCUGAAGAAAGAAGCUUGUUGUCUGUAGGUCAUCAAGUUCAAUGAUCAGAGAGCUUGGAAGAAAAGGUUACAGCUUUGUUAAUGGAAUCCUUGAACAUGUUAAACUGUCGCCGAACAUAGCCAAAACGGUGAAGGGGAAGCUGUGGUUGGGGACAAAACUUGUACAGUUUGGAGGAAGUGAGAAGAUAUUUCACAAGAUGUUCAAUCUCGAACAAGGAGACAAGUUAUUGAAUUCUGCACAUUGUUAUUUGUCAACAACAGCAGGUCCUAUAGCAGGUCUCGUCUUUGUUUCCACCCAUGUAGUUGCUUUCUGCAGUGACAGACCAAUCAUCAUUUCUUCUCCGCAUGGAGAAGUGGGCAAAGUAUUUUACAAAGUUAUGAUCCCAGUGAAUAAGGUGAAGAGAGUUAACCAAAGAAACAAUGAAAACAAUCCAGCAAAGAAGUACAUUCAAGUGGUGACAGUGGAUGAUUUUGACUUCUGGUUUAUGGGUUUUUUGAAUUAUGAGAAAACUUUUAAAUUCAUACAAAAGGGUGUUUCUAUGGAUUGAGAAGAUUGGCCUGAAGAGGCCCAAAGAAAGUGUCGUCCAGGAAAGUUCUGGACAUUGUAAAGUUUAUGAGCACAACUCUUUAACUAACUUAUCUGAGGAGAUCAGAUACUUUAAACUUGGUCGGUAUGUUAACUCCAGAUUUGAUCAAUUGGCACAGACACUUCAAUUUGGCU